AUGGUCGGUGAAAGUCCAACAGACCCACCAUCGGCUGCAAGUCAUGCUGCAUCGACUGCUGGAAAGCGCCAUCUCCGAAGGAUUUCUUCUUCACUCACCACGAACGCUGCAGACCGCUUGUUCUGGAUGGAAGAGGUACUGGGGUGUUUCCGCCCGACGAACGAUUUCUCUUUUUUCAUAUCGUGUGGAGUCUAUCUGGGAAUGGAGUCAUGUUUUCCAAGCAGCCAAGAGAACUAUCCCCCCUCCAAAGACAAUUUCGACGCGGUACUUUCCACACGGAGUGCCCCUCUUCUUGCUCCAUCUGCAGAAGAACUCCGAAAUAUUGCCGACUUUUCCCGUACAAUUCGUGGAGAUGUUGAAGGAAGAAUUGGGAGACGAGUCCGAGGAUUCGUUGGGAGUUCCACUGGGUCUUUGUAG